UAAAACCAGCACACACACAUUGAGUCCUGAUGAAAGUGCACACCCUCUGUUCCACAUCAGAGAGUUUUCUGUGACAGAUAAUGCUUGUCGGAUGUGUUUGUGCAUUAUUCAAAGCGCGCUGCGCAUCACAGAGCUAAUUAGGAUUUCAGUAUAAAUAAGGCCGCAGACGGGACAGCUCGGCCUGUCCUGCCGCUGAUGUCGGAGAGCUGAAGGUAUACUUAGAGGUUAAAACGCUUCAAAAUCUCCAAGCUGCUCCAUCAUGCAAACACUCUGACCCACCUCACGGAUGGGACCCUUCUCAAACCAGACCUACGGAGGAAUCCCGCAGAUUUCAAGCUGUACGCAGUCUUUCGCCAAUGAAGACACAGCGAGAAGAUUUGAUGUUUUAGGAUACUUUUUAAUGGCACUCGGCCCCAGCUAGACAGAGUGCUGCUACCUUUAUGGGACGAAGGUGAAGGUGUCUUUAAUUUAUAUAGUUUGAGCUGACAUCCAGACUCCAGCAACUCCAGCGGGCUCCUCUCCGGGUUGUUUUGGGUUUUCCGAUGGAGGGACUGCGAAGGGUUUCUGGGGUUUGAAUUUCUCCUGUGGUGUCUGUGUGGAGCGUGCCACACACCCACUCCACAACAACGACGGCUUUUGCUUGCAUCUUCCAGUGUUUCUUCUGUCAGCAAGUCCAGCAGAGCUGCAACUCUUCCAGUGCCAGCCCUGACACCUGCGAAGAGCCCUGCCCAACUGACAUGGUGAAGAUGACCAAGUCGAAGACUUUCCAGGCUUACCUGCCCUCCUGCCACCGCACCUACAGCUGCAUCCACUGCCGGGCACAUCUGGCCAACCACGACGAGCUCAUCUCAAAGUCAUUUCAAGGCAGUCAAGGACGAGCCUACCUGUUUAAUUCAGUGGUGAAUGUCGGCUGCGGGCCAGCAGAGGAGCGGGUUCUCCUCACAGGUUUACACGCUGUGGCUGAUAUCUACUGUGAAAACUGUAAAACCACGCUGGGCUGGAAAUAUGAGCACGCAUUUGAGAGCAGUCAAAAGUACAAAGAGGGAAAGUUCAUCAUCGAGCUGGCUCACAUGAUCAAGGACAACGGAUGGGAGUGACACUCCGACUGCACUCUUUUUUUUUCUGACCUUGGAAUGCUCUUUAUUGAAUUGCGUGGAGUGUCAACCAUCGACCACACUAACCACCUUCUGACCCCCCCCAAACCCGCCCCCCCCCCUUUGGAAAUAAAAAUUACAAAGCCUCCACGAAACCUCCACCCCUCGCCUCCUUCACGUGCACACACUCCCACCUGCUCAUCUUGAAACCGAACAGAGCAAAUGAAACAAAAAAAAAAACGGCGAUGAGGAGGCGGAGCAGCUGUUGAAAAAUCACGUCACAGGAGUCCUGUCGUUACUUUGAAGAUUGUGUGUUCUCCUUCGCAGCUCUGGAGCUUUUGGGUUUGAGCCCCACCCACUCACAUCCACCCUCCCACCCCCCACUGAAACAACGCUUACAAUUAAUCGUGGUGAUAUGGCGACCACUUUGCAAAAGGAGACAGUUUUCACUGAAAGAACAUUUCUUUGUUUUCUUACUUUCACCUAUCCAGCGAGACGAAUGACUUUGAUGACUGUUGUUAUUUUAUUGUUAUUUGCUUUAGUUUUCACUCCUGGCUUUGGUAAGGGUUUGGUUUGAUGGCAGAUGGAUGUUACUGGUUAGCAUUUAUUUCCCUGUCAUGUCUGUCAUGUUUUGUUUCGUGUGUUUGGCUUGUUUAUCUCUUCCCAUAGCUGAGCAUGUUUUUCUUUGCUAUUGUCCAAAUGAGAAAUCAGGGACAGGUGAGGAGCGGAGGGGAAAGGGAGUUUAUUCUAGUUUUUGGAAAAUACGUAACAUUAUCUUGCUUUCUUUCUUUGAAACAAAUUGACAAAGGAUGGGAUUGCAGUAGUGUGGACCUGAAUUUUCUUUGUUUCCUUUUUUUUUCAUGUGAUUUUUUUCUUUUCUUUCCCCCCUUCUGGUACCUUUCUGCACACAAAUAGCAUUAAUGACAUAACCUCGUUUGUUUGACAUAAAUGGUUAUAUAUAAAUAUAUAUAUAUAUACAUAUAUAGAUAUAUAAAUAUGUGUAGUGUUUUGGCUAAUGCGAUAGUGGCUGGUCCCAUUUUGCAGCAGUACAAUAAGUGGAGAAGACAUGAAAAGAAGUAGAGAUAGUAUUAUGAGGUCACUUCUGCAUCAUUACUAUGUUAUAAUGUAGACAUUUAAAAAAGUAGAACUGAACACACUGCAUCCAAUAGAGUAAGUGCAACUGGAACCAAAUUUAGAAACAUUUUAUAAUGGAAAUGUUUUGUCUCAGAAUCAAAGAGUUUGGAUUUGGUUUUUCAUUAAGCUAAAUCUUGUGGGCGGGACCUACGCCAUGAAACAUCUCUAUUGGCCUGUCUGGAACGGAAAAAUUCAAUUUGCAACCAAGACUUUCCUAAUGUAGACGUUUGGAUUUGCAAAAAAUAACUGUUGGAAUAAAAGUAAAACUGAGGAUUUGUUUACAAAAUUUUGAACAUACAAAUUCAAAAAAAAUCCAUUACAUUUUUUUGCAUUUCAUUUUCUAAUUGUUCAUAUUUUUACUCUAACUUAUGUUUUAAUCUUUUUUUUAUUGCAGUGUAUAUUCUGAUUCUGAUUCAGGUUAUGUUCUUCAACCUUUUUAAUUUGAUUGCAUAGUAAUGGCACAGGAGUAACUUCAUACACUAUCUUCUCGACUGUAGGGACCUGAAAUCAGCGUCCCUGCGUCAUAAAACAUUCUGGAAGAUUGUAUUGUUCAACUGUCUAGCAAUGAGACACAACUACAUAUGAAUAUAUAUACACACGGUAUGAUUACAUAUCCAUAAAUACUAUGAGAAUUAUAUACAUGUGUAUAUAUAUAUAUGUGCUGUCAUGCACAUAUAUAUAUAUAUGCCUAUGACUGUGUAUAAAUGCACUGUGUGUGUGGUCACACAUUACACAGUGACAUACUUGAACAUGCUACAUCUCUUGCACUUUGCAGAGGCUUUUGGUUCAUGUCAGUUUAGAGGCAAAAUGCUUUUUAAUGGCCUUCUCAAAAAUUAACAAUGGAUUGUUGACGACAGAAAGAAAGUUAGAACGCAAGGUUUUCGAGCAGGUUAAAACUCUUGUUCCCGAACCUCCCGUUUACUUUAAGCUCUGAAAGUAUUUGGUUUGAUAUUAUUGAAGUUUUAUUGACAAAUCAUGCCUUUCCUCUCUGUGUUUUCUUGGUUUUACCUAGAGCCGCGGGGCUUAAUUCAUUAAUUGAUCAAAUGGCUUAAAAAUGUGUUACCCAAUGAAUCAUUUCAGGGACACCCACUCAAAAAUGAAAAAUAUCCUUCUAUAAUAAUUACAAAUAGUUAAACAAUCGUCAGUGUGAUCAAUAAUGAAAAUAGUCACAUGUCGAAGCCGACAUUCUCUCUCUUCCUUUGUGAGAGAGGAGUGUUGUUUUGUAUUCUUUGCUGCUAUCCUAGGACUCCCCCCCCCCUCCCCCCCGCUUUCAUAGGCCUUUUGCACUUUAUGCUUCUCCAUCUUUUCUCUUUCUGUCAAAUGAUGUACUAUAUGUAUUGUCUCUUUGUUGACGGCAUCUGUCAUUUGCCUCUAAGCCGUAUGAAUCUUGUGCCUCUUCAAAACAAUAACGGCCUCUUCCUUAACUUUUUAUUUUCUGUUGUGCGGUGCAUAACUUUGAAAUAUACCCUCAUGUGAAUCGAUGUGUCUCCUCCCAUCCUGGUUCAAAAAAGGCCCUCAGAAAUAACUUUAAUCGCCAAAAUCCUCGUAGAGUUUAUCCCUGUUUCUUUUGGAGACUUGGUAUAUAUAAACACAUAUAUUUUCUGAGAUAAGAUUUUGAGGUGCAAAAACAGAUGGAUAUUAAGUAUAUUAUUUCUUAGAGUAAAGUAUAGAGAAAAAGUUUUUCCCGGGGGCUUGUUGUUUGACUUUUUUUUAUUGGAGGAUAAAAACCGAAGCAGCAGGGUGGGAUGUUAGAGAUUUAAAAAAAAAUCAGCAGUGAUUGAUUACUUUGCCGGCAAGGUCAGUCAGAUCACACGACCUUUUAUCUUUAGAACAAUGACAAUGCAAACCCUUACUUGUUAACAAUGAAAUCUACUUGAAAAUAUAAAGACAUAAACAGCUGAGAUAUUGGCCCAUGUUACGGUUUUUGUACAUAUUAAGUAACAUAUUUAAGGUUUUAUACGUAUUUCUACUGGGUUAGUUGUUUUACUUCCCCAACUUGAAGCACUUUUGUUCACUGUACCUCUGGCUGUGUGUGUCUGAAUGUGUGUGAGUGUGCAUUGCGCAUGCAUGUGUAUUAGCCCACAUGCAUGACUGCAUACGAAAGUGAAUGUUUCUUUGACUUUAUUUCUCUUGUUUUCCUCUUUUAUUUGGUUUGGAAGUGUUUUUAUUUGUCCUGUGCUGGUUUUAACUGGCUCUCUCUCUCUAUGUGAGGUUGACAGUCAGGUUAGUUUUUAUUGGAGGUGAUUUAUCCCUGUUUUUGUUCUGGGUUUUUUUCUGUUAGCUUGUUUAUUUAGCUUGUGUGGUGAGAGCCCUUUAGAGGGCUAGUGUUUAGGUCUCUGCUGAGUCGUGUAGACGUUGAGGGCGAGCUGGAAUCUCCCACCGUGUCGCAGGGAGAGCCUUUACCAAGACCCUUUCGCCACCACAGUCAGUGCCCCCUGUGUAGAGGGCUUUCAGCUGAUCAAACGCACCCUAUGGCGGCCAUAUUGGAGGUCCUUAGCUUUUGGCAACACUGGCUGUGAAUAUCUGAUUGUAUUUCAUGUUCAUUUUGUGCAGACUUUUCCUGAUAAUGAACUGUUACAUCCAUUAUCUGUUUGUUUUAUUGCUUGAUUUUGCUGAAGGAAGCUUGUCAGCUACUUUAGCUUUGUCCCUGCAUUGUUGUACUGGGUCUGCAUCUAGCCUAGGUCAAACAAGACCUUUCUAGAUGUAAACUUUCAAAUGCAGCCUCCUUCUGUGUCACACAAUCCACUGCACACCCCUCGUAAAGUCUUGACAGAGGCUGAAAGUCUUUGUUUUUGAUGACACUGGGUUGUUUAUGUACUCAUCAGUGAUGGUUUGGAAGGUGUCAAUACAUUGUGACAUCACUACAAGGUGUGAUCAGAGGUGCAACUCACCUGAAUCUUAACAAAAGUUUUAGCCAGGUGUAUAUUUCUCUGUAAUGGUGCAUUCAAGUGUGCUUUUCCAUUUUCUGCUAAAGGACAUGAUGUGUUUGGCUUCAUGUCACGUAACUUCUCAGAGAUUAAUACAUAACCAACAGGCUGGUAUCCACCACUUUACCAGGCAUUUCCUGGUAACAUAUUUGAUUACUCCUGAGACAGAAAGUUAAUUAUUCGCCUUGGGAAACACAGUAGACAGGAACAUUUUACCCCACAGUGUCUUUUAUAGCUUUAUGGUUCAUUCAGCAAAUACAGUGCACCUUGUAUUAGAGCUGCCGAUGUUCAAAUAUCCCAUUUUUUUCAAGUACUUGCCUGUGUUGGCUUUUGUUGAGAUGUGAACAUCUACAACUCUAUGACAAUUAAAUGCCCAUUUCAAUACAGUGGAAAGCUCCAAGAACAGCAACUAAACGGUUCAGACUUUUGUAGACAUAAAACACCUGAAUGCACCAUUAGGUAGACAUAACUGAUGCGUCUGGCCUUUAGUUCCACCAAAGCAAACACUUUUAAGGGCUGUAUCCUUGGAAGGUUGGAAGCUUUAAUCUAGUCAGCCGACCCUUUUUGUCUGAUACGAUGGACAUAUAUGGCUUAAAUGUCAAAACUCUUCCGUUAAAAUUGAUGAACUUGUCCCAACUCAGAACAAAGAUUCUGGCACUGGAGGCUACAUUUGAAAACAAAACUGAUAUUCUUUACCAAAUUUGUCACCUUUAAAUGUUACUGAAUGGACCCGCAGUAGUCCUGCAAACAGCCAGUUUCUCCAAAGGACCUCCAAGAUGGAGUAAGCAGUGAUAUCUGGGUGAUUUGUAACCCAACUGCAGAGCCUCUUUACUCUAUAGUAUGAUCAGUCAAUCUAAGUUUAACCAACAAAAAGCAGGUGCCAGUGUCACUGCCGGUGUGUACCAAAUAAGAACCAGGUUCUAUCAAAUGCAUCAGUGUGCAGGGAGGAAGCCAGGGAACAUGUUGGUGUGUCUCCUGGAGAUCAAACUGAUAUACCAAAACUAAAGAGGAGAAAUCCUGUCACUGAUGACUGUCUUUCUAUAGAAUGUUUUGAUUCUCUGAACUUAACAGCGUCAAAGCAGCCUGGACAACAAAUGUAGAUAUUUGCUGCUGAAAACUGUUUACUUUUUAUUGUCGUUUUGUUUAAUUGUGACACUGGCUACCGCCUUUUUGUGCUCUGUUACUGUCUCAAACACUCCUGAAAGGAUGUCAAUCAAAGGCAGGAUGGAUAUACCAGGGGAAAAGACUGUACAAGUUAUUUUCUUAGGACUGUUAAACUACAGUCCAAGGUCUGAAGCAUGUUGUAUUUAUAUUGGCUAUAUGUUGUGCCUGUUUUAUUAUUAUUUCUUCCUAAAUUAAAAAUAUAUACUUUUUAUUUGACUACAUUGCUUUGCAUUCUGUCUUAGUGAAGCCAUGUCACAUGUCUGUUUUCACUCUAAUGUAAACUAUCAGAUAUCACAAUAAAUUUUCAAUGGCAUUAAAUUGUG